GCUCUCGUCGUCCCUCCCAAUCCGACGAAACCCCAAUUCCGAUUAUUAUAUAUAUAUAUAUAUGUGUGUAUGUAUAUGUGUAUGCAUACUAUAAUAUAGUAUAUCUCUCGCAUAUACAUACACAUUAUAUAAAUACAUACUCGCCGUCGUUUCCUCUGGGAUUGUUCUUAUCGUUCUGAGAGAGAUCGGAGAAGGCGUUUGUUCAUGGAGAGCGCGAUGACGAAUUCUAAAGGCGUGGCGGUCGAUGGUGAAAGAGACUGCGUUCGGGCUAAUCAUCUGAAGCGCGAGAAGCUCAUUAUUGAUACCGACCCUGGAAUUGCAGAUGAUACCAUGGCCAUCUUAAUGGCAUUUCAAUCACCGGAGUUAGAAAUCUUAGGCUUCACAACAAUAUUUGGUAAUGUCACCACGGAAGACGCCACUCGCAAUGCCUUGCUUCUGUGUGAGAUCGCAGGGCAUCCAGGUUUGCCAGUGGCAGAGGGAAGUCCUGAGCCUCUAAAGGGUGGAAGCCCACGUGUGGCAGACUUUAUACAUGGUUCUGAUGGGAUGGGGAACUUGCAUCUACCUCCUCCAAAAACAAAGAAAAUUGAGAAGAAUGCUGCUGAGUUUUUAGUUGAUACGAUCUCUGAGUAUCCUGGUGAAGUAUCUAUACUGGCCCUGGGUCCCUUGACAAACUUAGCAUUGGCAAUCAAAAGGGAUUCUUCAUUCGCGAAAAAGGUGAAAAGGGUGGUCGUACUUGGCGGUUCCUUCUUUGCUUUGGGAAAUGUAAAUCCUGCUGCUGAAGCAAAUAUUUAUGGAGAUCCAGAAGCGGCAGAUGUUGUGUUUACGUCUGGGGCUAACAUUACUGUUGUUGGAAUAAAUAUUACAACCCAAGUGAAAUUUACAGAUGAUGACCUCCUUCAACUGCGGCAAUCUAAAGGAAAGCAUACUCAAUUCAUAUGUGACUCGUGCAAAUUCUACAGAGACUGGCAUGUGAAAUCUGAUGGUGUUUAUGGGAUUUUCCUUCAUGACCCUGUCAGUUUUGUAGCACUAGUCCGUCCUGAUCUCUUCACGUACAAGAAGGGCGUUGUGAGGGUUGAGACUCAGGGUAUCUGCGUCGGGCAUACACUGAUGGAUCAAGGACUGAAAAAGUGGAAUACAGGCAAUCCAUGGACAGGUUAUUCCCCUGUUGAAGUUGCUUGGACGGUGAAUGUGGAUGCAGUCCUGGAUUACAUACGAAAUCUGUUGAUGAAAUCGUGAAAGCGCACUACAUAUUACUGAGAAGGAUAAUUGCUGCUGCCCCUAGUUUCCAUUGACAAUACCUUCCUUCAUGGCCUUUCCCUUCUCAGAGAUGCCCCAAGUCCGAGGCGUGAAGAGAGAGCGAGCCUUCCAUGAAACCUUGUGUUUAUUUGAAAUUGUAAAACAUUUUCUGAAUGAUGUCCGGUUACACCUCUAAUGAAGUUACCAACAAGGAAUAGGACAUUCCUUUCGAAUUUC